AUGUCGAGCGAUGGCAUCAAGGCGAUGUUGAAGGAGAACGUGGCGAAGAUGAACCAGGUGGAAGGGUUCGACGUCGUGAUUGUCUGCACCAACAACGACCCCCAGGCCACGUACUGGCAGCAGCGACUAGAGGCCGCCAAGGGCUCUUCGGUGGCGAAGGACGCAACCGUGCUGGCCGUGUACGAGGACUGGGCCGGAGGUGCGGGAAACGCUCUCGGCACGCUGUACGCCUACCAGAAGGCCACCGCCCUCGCUGAGUCCAAGGGCUACGACCUCGCGGGAAAGAUGAAGGCCGGCGAGAUCAGCGUGGGCCUUUACCACACGGCGGGCAAAGGCACCCGGCUCGCCCCCAUGCCCGGCUCCGAGAACAACAACAAGCCCGGUGUCAAGCUGGCGGUGACGGCAGACAUUAACGGCAAGCCCUCCCCCCUCACCAUCCUCGAGAGCGUGGUGAAGCAGACCGGCGUUUACGGGAAGAGCCGCAAGGGGCGCCUCUCCGUGUUUUGGGGUGACCAGGUGUUCAUCCCGUCCGUUGGGGUAGAGUACGAGUCCACCCACCACGCCGACAUCCUGUGCACGCUGGGUCCGAUGAUGAACGAGACGGAGUGGAAGGAGAAGGGCCUGGACAACUACGGCCUCAUCGCCGUCAACUCCGAGGGGAAUGCCGCGCAGGUGGAGAAGGUGUCCCACGCCGUGGCUACCCGGCUGUUGUCUUCGCUCGGCGAGAUCGUGAACGUCGGCGCUUCCCUUGGUUCCUUCAGCAUGUCUUCCCUCCUCGUGGACGCCCUGAUCGAGGAGUUUAAGCCCGAGCUAACAUCCAAGGUCGGGAAGCUCGACUCCGACCCGCACCUGUGGAUGCCGUUUACCCUCGAAGAGUCUGCGUACGUGGAGAUCAUGGGAGGCAAGGGAACCUCGGCAGAGGAGGCGUUGGCGCACUACACGAGAAUGAGGGGCUGCCUUGACAAGUUCAUGGCGAAGAGCGAGUCGAAGUCGAUGGGCGUGUUCGGCGCCGUGAACGUGGGUGACGAGGCGUGCUGGUGGGACUACGGGCAGCUUCGCCUGUACCGCACCAACAACUCCCUGCUCACGGGGGUGUGCGAGGAGUCCGCGCUGCUCCGAGAAUUCUUGGGGUGCUCCAGCCGCGUGUCCAACAGCGACAUCGCGGCUGAUGCCGAAGUGGACGACGUGAGCAUGGUCUCGGCCUCCACGCUCGGCGGCGGGUCCGUCAAGAACUCGGCGCUGACGAACGUGCGCUGCGGGUACAUCGAGGCGGAAGACUGCAUCCUCGUCAACGUCACUGCUAAGCGGAUCGUCGCUCCCAGGGGAAGCAUCAUUUACAACAUCGUCGACACCUCGCCGACCGGCGUGGGAGUCGGAGAGGGCGGCGUCAUGGUCGGGGUGCACGCCGAAGACGGGUCCCAGCAACCGGUAUGGAGCAACACCGACACCCUGGACGGGGGCAAGGUCUGGAAGAAGAAGUGCGCGGGGAACCCAAUGACGUUCGAGAGCAUCUACAACUCCAACCACACGACCGACGUCUUCGCAGUGGAGAGCGCUCGCUCCAAGGCUUCCGACGAGGCCUGGGCCAAGCUCAGCAGUGCCUAAGAAAAAAAAAGGGACAAUUUUUGCAGCUGGUGUUAGCGUCCUGAUGUCGAAUGGGUGGUGAAAACCUGACAGGCUUUGUUGCGGAUACAUGCGCAGAUGUUACUGUUGGGCCCUUGGUGUCGAAUGGGUGAUAAUAAAUAACCUAGGCUUUGCCGAUAUAACACGCAAGUAUGCACACGCCAUGUGGCUUUCUCUCUCUGCGGGAGGCUGGAGUGAUUGGCGGUUGCCUUUGAUGUGCAAGCGAAUCCGGUUUUUGUAGUGAUGGCCGUGGGUGUCAACCAAAAGCCUUUCUCGGUGAUUAAUGGAGUGCAGUGGCUGCUGUUGCUUCCAGCACCCUGGAUGUCUUUCAUCAGGAAUCCAGCGGUUUGUCAAUGUUUUGUGUGUUUUUGUCGUUGAUGUACGAUUUCGAUGGAAUUUGGAUCCUUUGAGGAUAUGCUGCAUUUGGUCUCCCCGACGUGGCUGAUACCUUGGGUCUUCCCUAUACGUCGGGGUCAGCGUGAUGUAAUGGACGUAUUACGUACUGUAACGAAUAAACUUGUUGGACGCACCACAUUUUUCAUCUUGUCGAGAAACAUG